AUGUCUGCCCAAACACAUUCAAUAUCCACAAAUGUUUUAGACUUGGUUGGUCAAACACCCUUAUUAAAGUUAAAUAAAUUGCCCCAAGAUUUGGGUAUUAAACCUAAGGUCUACUGCAAACUAGAACUGUACAAUCCUGGUGGUUCCAUUAAAGAUCGUAUUGCUAAAGCUAUGAUCGAAGACGCUGAAAAGCGUGGCAUUAUUCAUCCAUCUCGUUCCACUUUGAUUGAACCAACUAGUGGUAAUACUGGUAUUGGUUUGGCUUUAAUUGGCGCUAUUAAAGGUUAUAGAGUCAUUAUAACUUUACCAGAAAAAAUGUCCAAUGAAAAAGUCUCUGUUUUAAAAGCCUUGGGUGCUGAAAUUAUUAGGACACCAACUGAAGCUGCUUGGGAUUCUCCAGAAUCUCAUAUCGGUGUCGCUCUGAAAUUGCAAAAUGAGAUUCCAGGCGGCAUUAUUUUAGACCAGUAUAAUAAUCCAUACAAUCCAAUUGCUCAUAUCCUAGGUACUGGAAAGGAAAUACACGAACAAUUGGAUAAAAUAGGCGAGUUGGACAAAUUGCGUGGUGUUUUUGCUGGUGCAGGUACCGGUGGUACUAUUACCGGUAUUGCUAAGUAUUUGAAAGAGAAUGUUAGCAGCAAUAUUAAAAUUAUUGGGGCAGAUCCAGAAGGAUCCAUUUUGGCCCAGCCAGAAAAUCUUAACGACACUAAAUUAGCUUCUUAUAAAGUUGAAGGUAUUGGAUAUGAUUUUGUUCCUAAAGUUUUAGAUAGAUCUUUGAUUGAUAAAUGGUAUAAAACACAUGAUAAACCAUCUUUUAAAUAUGCUCGUCAAUUAAUUACUUCUGAAGGUUUACUAGUUGGUGGUAGUAGUGGUUCUGCUUUUGAGGCUUUGGUUAAUUAUUGUCAGGAGCAUCCAGAAUUAGAUGAAGAUGAUGUUUUGGUUGUCAUUUUCCCGGAUAGUAUUAGAUCUUAUUUGACCAAGUUUGUUGAUGAUGAAUGGUUGAAGAAGAACGGUUUAUGGGACGAUGAAUUUGAACAAAUUGUUAACAAGAGGAAAGAACCAAUUAGGGAUAUCUAUAAUGGUGCUACUGUCAAGGAUUUGAAAUUAAAACCUGUUGUAAGUGUUUUAGAAACUGAAAAACUAAGUACUGUUAUAUCUAUAUUGAAAGACAACGGGUUUGACCAAUUGCCCGUAUUAACCGCCGAAGGUAAAUUAUGCGGUCUAGUCACGUUAAGUAAAUUGCUAAAGACUUUGCAAACAGCAAAAACCAAACCAGAUACUAUUAAGGGGAUUUUCUUAGAUUUUAGAAAGUUGAAUAAUUUUGAUGAAGUCAGCAGUUACAAUGAAAACAAGAGUGGUAAGAAAAAGUUUUUAAGCUUUGAUAUCAACACAAAAUUAAGUGAUUUGGAUACUUUUUUCGAAAAGAAUUCAAAUGCCAUCAUUACUGAUAAAACUUUGAAGCCAAUUCAUAUUGUCACCAAAGUAGAUUUGUUAACUUAUUUAGCAUAA